UGGCAGCAGAAUUCAUUUUUUCAUCCUUUUUAAUAGCUGUCGGCUGGAUGGUGGUGUACAUUUACCUGAAAAGCUAAGUAAAAUCCUAAGAAAUCUCGCAAGAUGAUUAUUUAUAAGGAUCGUUUUACAGGUGAUGAGAUGUUCUCGGAUGUGUUGGAGUUUCAAAAACUUCCCGAGGAUAGUGUGUUAUUUGAAUUUAACACGAAAAAAGUGUCCGAUAAAACAGAUAUGAGCCAAGUGAACAUUGGAGCUAAUGCAUCUGCUGAGGAAGCCGCUGAGGAGGUGGAGGAUGUCGUAACCAAGGAUUUUGAAAUAGUAAUCAACCACGGUGUCAAGCUGGAGGAAAGCAAACCAGCAAAAGGUGAAUUCAAAGCCUACAUGAAAAGGCAUCUUAAAAAACUAUAUGAAGAAUUAGUAAAAGAAGUCGGCCAAGAGAAAGCUGAUAUAUUUAAGAAAAAUGCAACAUCAGCAGCACAACAGAUAAUAAAGGGUUAUGGGGAUUAUGAUCUAUACACAGGCGAGACUGCUGACUUUAAUAAUGAGGAGGAACACUGCGCUGUUCUUUUACUAAACUAUAGGGACGAUGGCACUACUCCAUAUUUUACUGGAUUUAAAGCAGAUUUCGUUGAAGAAAAAGUAUAAAACUGUUAACCAAGAAGAUACCAAAUCUGGCAAGAAAAAAUUUCAACGAAAACUUGGAUGUCAUACAAUGUACACUUUCUCCAGAAAUUAAUAUAAUGAUAAUCAUAAUACUAAUAAGAGUUUGUUUUGUAUAAAUAGUUAAAAGAGAAAUAAUGCUUAAAAAGAACAACGUUUCAACUCUAUCAUGGAGUCAUUUACAAGUUAAUGAGGAACACAGAAUAGAACUGCACCUUAUAAACUAUAAACCCAAAAAAGUAGGUGGUCACAGUUGAAAACUACAGUAGCACUCCUACUGAUACAAACUUCGACCUUUUAGUUUACAGGUUAUGAAAUUAUAGUUUAUAAGCAGUUGUAUCCUGUGUCUGCAGCUCAUUAAUUGAACUUGAAAAGGACAAUGUAAUGAGUCAUUCUUUUAAGUAAUAGUAAUACUGUUUAAUGCAUCUCACACUACGCAAGUCAACUGCCCAAUUUUGAAUGUACCAACAGAUGAUGGAAAACUGUGUACUGUGAAUAUUUUACAGAAUAAUUCAAUGUAUAGGCCUACAUAUAAUAUAAUUGAUCUGUAUUCUCAGUUGUAUUUAUUUGUGUAGACAAAAUUGCCCUUAAUGAGUUGAGCUUCCAUAUUAUUUUUGGACCUUGGCAAAUUCCAUAAUUAUGACGAUUAUUAUUCUAUGACUUCUAUAUGUAUUUAAAGGUGACAGCAUCAGAUUCUAAUAAAAAUAUUGUGAAAUA